GGUGCUGUUGUACCGGACUCGUCUCAAUUAUGUCACUACAUUUGCAUUCACGGAUGCUUCGGUAAGCGAUCGGUGAACGCUCGUUAUCUUUACAAUCGUCAUCGUCGAAACAGAGGAUCGAGACUCUCGCAGCUGCGGAUGAAAGAGAAGAUCGGAUCCCCUCAGGUUGUUGACAGAAGUGCGAUAUAUCCCUCUUGGCCGCGAUUCUGUAUCGUGUCUGUCUAUCUCUCUCUCUUUCAUUGUCUCUGUCCGAUAUUCUGCCUCCUCGUUCCGUCUCUCACGCUCUUGUACAGUCAUCGCUUUUCGCCUCGAUCGUCAAAAGCGCGUACCUCUCGGCGCGUUUAGCGUUUCGCUCGCCAGGCCGGAGAAAGAAACAGUGUUGGAGCUUGCAAGAGAGAGACGCCGUGAAACGCGUCGUUAAAUGUGCUCGCCCGUCAUCGGUUCUCUCUACGUUGAAUCCGCGAGUAUGAUUCGGCAGUGAUUCCACUCGUCUCCUCGCACGGCAACCACGGUGGUUUGCGAUCAUCGGCUGUUCCCGAUAUAUCCAAAUGUGUGCUCGCUACGCUUAAAAAGAAGCAGCGGUAUCAAUGUGUACGCGGUGCCACGCGAUUAUCGUAGCAGCAUCGUCGGGAAGGCAUUAACUGGGAAGGAGAGGACCCGUUGAGCACGCGUUGAGAUCGAAAAUUCGACAUGAUGAAGAGCAGUGCUCUGAUGAAGAAGGAGAGCAAGAUGCGCAUACGUGCUUUUCCGACUACUAUGGAUGAAAAGUAUGUAGAAAGCAUUUGGGCUUUACUGAAAAGUGCUAUUCAAGAAAUACAGAAGAAGAAUAAUUCUGGCCUCAGUUUUGAAGAACUCUAUCGCAAUGCUUAUACAAUGGUUCUUCACAAAUAUGGUGAACGCUUGUAUACAGGAUUGAAAGAAGUCGUAACACAUCAUCUUGAAAACAAAGUACGGGAAGAUGUUCUUCGAUCUCUGCAUAAUAACUUCCUGCAAACUUUGAAUCUUGCAUGGAACGAUCACCAAACAUCAAUGGUGAUGAUUAGGGAUAUAUUAAUGUAUAUGGACAGAGUGUAUGUUCAACAGAAUGAUGUAGACAAUGUGUAUAAUCUUGGAUUAAUUAUUUUUCGAGAUCAGGUCGUUAGAUAUGGAUGUGUUAGGGAUCAUUUACGCGAGACAUUAUUAGGUAUGGUUGCAAGGGAAAGAAGAGGAGAAGUUGUAGAUCGUAGCGCUAUAAAAAAUGCCUGCCAAAUGUUAAUGUUACUUGGAAUUAACAGUCGUCAAGUUUACGAAGAAGAUUUUGAAAGGCCUUUUUUACAGCAAAGUGCCGAGUUUUAUAGAAUGGAAUCUCAAAAAUUUUUGGCAGAAAACAGCGCCUCAGUAUACAUAAAAAAAGUUGAAGCUAGAAUUUGCGAAGAAUCUGAAAGAGCAAAACAUUAUUUAGAUGAAUCCACCGAACCACGAAUAGUAGAAGUUGUAGAAGAAGAAUUAAUCAAAAUCCACAUGAAAACCAUUGUUGAGAUGGAAAAUAGUGGUGUAGUACACAUGCUCAAAAAUCACAAAACAGAAGAUCUUAGUUGUAUGUAUAAGCUAUUUUCAAGAGUGUCGGACGGAUUACGCACCGUGUGCGAUUGUGUGUCUCAAUUUCUUAGAGAGCAGGGUCGAGCUCUGGUGCAAGAAGAGCAUGAAUCAACCACAAAUGCUGUUCUUUACGUCCAAAACUUGUUAGAUUUAAAGGACCGCUUUGAUCAUUUUCUACAUUAUUCUUUCAAUAACGAUAAAAAUUACAAACAAAUGAUCGCAUCGGACUUUGAAUAUUUCCUUAAUUUAAAUCCAAAAAGUCCGGAAUAUCUCUCACUCUUUAUCGAUGACAAAUUGAAGAAAGGUGUUAAAGGAAUGACAGAGCAGGAAAUUGAAGGAAUUUUAGACAAAACUAUGGUCUUAUUCCGAUUUUUACAAGAAAAAGAUGUAUUUGAACGGUACUAUAAGCAACACUUAGCCAAGCGAUUAUUGUUAAAUAAAUCUGUUUCAGAUGAUAGUGAAAAGAAUAUGAUAUCCAAACUUAAGACUGAAUGUGGGUGUCAGUUUACAUCAAAAUUAGAAGGCAUGUUUAAAGAUAUAACAGUCAGUAACACAAUUAUGGAUGAAUUUAAAGAGCAUGUCCUUACAGCUAAUACGAAUCUGCACGGUGUCGAUAUAAGCGUUCGGGUGCUCACAACUGGUUUCUGGCCGACUCAAUCAGCCACCCCAAAAUGCAGUAUGCCCACUGCACCGCGCGAUGCCUUCGAUGCCUUUCGGCGCUUCUAUUUGGCUAAACAUAGUGGUCGACAAUUGACGUUGCAGCCUCAGUUAGGCUCUGCUGAUCUAAAUGCUAUAUUCCAUGGACCACGAAGAGAAGAAAGUAAUUGUGGAGGUUUAGAUACUCCAUCGUCAUCAAGUUCUAUUGGAAAUGGUAGUAGUGCAAGUGGUAGUUUAGUGAGCCAGCGAAGCAAUGCAUGUAGUACACCGCGAAAACACAUAAUACAAGUUUCCACUUAUCAAAUGUGUGUUUUAAUGCUCUUCAAUAAAAGAGAAAGAUUAACAUAUGAGGAAAUUCAAGGUGAAACCGAUAUUCCAGAGAGGGACUUGGUCAGAGCAUUACAAUCUCUUGCCAUGGGUAAAGCUUCACAAAGAAUUUUACUUAAACACCCUCGUACCAAGGAAAUCGAACCUUCGCACUGUUUCUGUGUAAAUGAUAGUUUUACCAGCAAAUUACACAGAGUGAAGAUUCAGACUGUAGCAGCAAAAGGAGAAUCUGAACCUGAGAGAAGAGAAACGCGCAUUAAAGUCGACGAAGACCGAAAACAUGAAAUCGAAGCUGCCAUCGUGCGGAUUAUGAAAGCUCGAAAGCGUAUGCCUCACAAUAUACUUGUAACAGAAGUAACAGAGCAAUUAAGAGGUCGAUUUUUGCCUUCACCUGUAAUAAUUAAGAAACGUAUCGAAGGUUUAAUCGAACGAGAAUACUUGGCUCGUACACCGGAAGAUCGAAAGGUGUAUACAUAUGUUGCUUAAUGCUGAAUUCAAUAUUGGAUGUGUACAAACAUUAUGCCAAAAAAGUGGGAUCUACGAAUCUAUAAGAGAUGCAGAAUUUGUUUACGGAAUAAAAUAUGUGCAUGAGAACUUAAAUAAAGAUGGAGAUCUUAAUAAAAAUGCUAAAGGAUUCAAUUCGAACAUGUGUUACACAAGGCUCAUAUUGUAGUGAAAAGAGUGAAAUAAUCGGCGUAUUUUUAUUUUUAUUUGUAUUCUCCUUAUUUAUUAAUAGAGUUUUAAUAUUUAAACGGAAGUUUUACCCUUUCGUACACAAAAUUGAAUAAAAAUAAAAUCCUAUAACAGCAUUUAUUAUUCCUCAAACAUUCACCCAACAUAUUUAUUCUUUAUACACAAAUAAAAUACAUUAGGCAAAUAUAAAAUAUCUAAUAUCUUCAAAUUAUCCUCAUACAUGAAGAGUUUCACAUAUAUUGUGUCAAAAUAAUAUAUAUAUAUUUACA